GAUUGAAUAAAUGUUAGGUUUUUUUCUGGAAACUUGAAGUUAAGAUGCUUUCCUCUCAAAGUGCAUAUCUAUAGAGUAUCAAACAAGAUGUUUUUAAGCAGCUGCAGUGCUAAUAAUGGUUUUGAGUAAGUCAUUCAGUGUUUAUAAACGACUCAACGAAACCCAGGCAGUGUCAGUUCUACUUGAAAAGCGUGACAAACCCGAAUCUUUGUUGUUUGAAAGUGGUGCUGUAGCUGAGUUAGCACCAUGGGAGACAGCCACAAUAAAGAAAGAUUACAACAAAGUGUGUGAUGCCUAUGGCUGUCUUGGUGUCCUAAGGCUAAGUUUGAGAGAAGAUGAUAGUUUCCUUUAUCUUGUUCUUGUCACCGCAUGUCGUUCUGUUGGGAAGAUUAAAAACAGCGAAAUAUCAUGUGUGACGUCGACAGUAUUCAUUGCGCUCGGCGCCCACGAUGAAGUCGGCAUUUCUGAAGUCCGCAAGUUGCUGAAUUCUGGCUCGUUCUAUUUCACCUUGUCGGUUAAUGAAGAAGACGUACCACUCGAUUUGAGUUUAACAUAUCAAAGACAAACUUCAGCUACGGAACCGGACAAUAGAUUCUUUUGGAACCAUGCACUUCACGUACAUCUGCAAAAGUUCGAUAUUGACUGUUCAGUUUGGUUGCUAAACAUAAUGUGUGGUGGCAUCGAGGUAAAGACGGUGUACGCUGGUGCAAAACAAGCCAAAGCGAUGGUCAUAUCAAGAUUGAGUUGUGAGAGAGCUGGUACAAGGUUUAAUGUCCGUGGCGUGAAUGAUGACGGUCACGUGGCGAAUUUUGUGGAGACUGAGCAGGUGAUUGUUCUGGAUGACUGGGUUUCGUCAUUUGUUCAAACUCGAGGUUCGGUCCCAGUGUUUUGGGAGCAGCCGGGCAUUCAAGUUGGGUCACACAAAGUGAAACUUUCCCGUGGGUUCGAAGCCUCGUCUCCUGCUUUUGAGAAACAUAUCACAACGCUGAAAGGUCUGUACGGUGACCAGUUGUUAAUAAAUCUUCUGGGCAGCAAGGAAGGAGAGUCGUAUUUGAGCAGAGCCUAUCAGGACCAUCUGAAAACAUCCCAGCACAGCGGAGAUACGCCACUCAUUCUUUUUGACUAUCAUGUCCUGUGCAAAGGAGGGAAGAAAGACAAAUUGGAAAUGUUAAAGAAAAACGCAGAUCCGUAUUUAGACAAGUUCAAAGUUUUUGUUAGAAAAGGCGCCGAAGUUAUCAGCGAGCAAUCUGGUACAGUGCGGGUUAACUGUUUAGAUUGUUUGGAUAGAACCAAUGCCGUACAGUCAUUUCUUGGCUUGGAGAUGUUGCCGAUUCAACUCUCUCACCUCGGUCUAGGUGAGAAAACAUCAUUAGUUUCAAGAUUUGUGGAAUGUUUCAAGACGAUGUGGGCUAACAACGGAAAUCUUGUCAGUCGGACGUACACUGGAACCGGAGCAAUGGAAGGCGGUGCUAGGUUUGGCAGCAAAUUACACGAUGGCGCAGUGUCUGUCAGAAGAACAAUCAAAAAUAAUUUCUUUGACGGUAGUAAACAAGAAGCUAUUGACAUCUUACUAUUGGGAAAUACGUUUGUUGGCGAAUUGGGAGACCGGGCCAGAGCUCUGCUUCCUGGCUCAUUUCUUCACGCUUCACCAGCUAUAUUGCGAGAGUUGUGCGACCGACACUUAGAGUUCACAAAAUGGCGAAACAUUCGAGUGUGUAUUGGAACUUUCAAUGUAAACGGUGGUCAGCAUUUCCGUAGUAUUGCCUACAAACAUCAAUCACUGGAUGACUGGUUGCUAGAUUUUCAUAUCAGGCAAACACAAGGAUCUGUUCAAAGCAAUACUGACUUUAGUGUUCCUACUGAUAUAUUUGCUAUUGGUUUCGAGGAGUUGGUCGAUUUAAAGGCUGGAAAUAUUAUAUCAACUAGCGCGGCACAGCGAUUGGACUGGGGCGACAAAUUGAAGCAAGUAAUAUCUCGUGAUACGUCGUACGUUCUCCUGACGAGCGAACAGUUGGUCGGUGUCUGUCUAUUCGUGUUUGUGAGAUCAGAGUUGGUCAAUGAUAUCAGAGAUGUCGCAGUUGAUAGCGUUAAAACAGGUCUUGGAGGCAGUGCUGGAAACAAAGGAGGCGUUGCCAUAAGGUUUCUACUUCAUUCAACUUCGCUGUGUUUCGUCUGUUCGCACUUUGCUGCUGGACAGUCCAAUGUAGUGGAUCGUAAUAGCGACUAUCAUGACAUUGUAAACAAGAUUGAAUUUCCUAUGGGUAGAACAGUUAUUCCUCACGACUAUGUGUUUUGGUGUGGUGAUUUUAACUACCGUAUCGACCUUCCUAUGGACGAUGUUAAGGAAGGAAUCAUGCAAGAAAAUUAUGGGCUGCUUCAAGUGGAAGACCAGUUGACCAAGAGUAGAAGCUCCCAUAAGUGCUUUCGUGGUUUCACUGAAGGGAAACUAACAUUUGCACCGACGUACAAAUUCGAUCCAUUUUCCGAUGACUACGAUACCAGUGAGAAAAUGCGUAUUCCAGCUUGGACUGACCGCGUGCUGUGGCGGCGUCGAAAGCCUAGGUCGAAGUUUACAGAAACUUCCGAGGAAAACGCUGUUGAUGGGAGUGAGCAUGGUACAUUGGUGGACAUCGACAGUGAAUCUGAGGAUGACGAAGAAGAGCCUGAGGAAACGCCACAUCAAAGAGGGAGAAAAAAGUCAUUUUACAUUCGUGAUGAUAAUGUGAGCUGGUCUGUUGGAAAGUUGUUGUAUUAUCAUUCCGCUCAACUGAAAACAUCAGAUCACAGACCAGUCGUUGCCCUAAUCGAGAUUGAGAUCCAGGCCUUGGAUAAAGAAAAAGAGGCCGUUGUUCACGAUGAUGUCAUGAAAUCCAUGGGCCCUGCUGAUCCGACAGUUAUAAUACACAGUUUAAAUGAUGAUGGUGAGAUAAAUACGGAAGAACUGUUGUCUGCAUUAGAGAAGAUUGGAAGCACGGUGUUGGUUAGAGUAAUUGAUGACGAGCUCUUUAUCACUUUUGACGAUGGCAGAUCAGCUUUGAAAGCAUUGGAACUCGAUAAUACAGAGAUUGACGGUGUACAGAUUGCUGUGAAAUUGAAAUCGGGGAGUCCGCUGUCUAAGACUGACUUAACUGUUGGUGAUUUCGUGCCAAUGACACCUAGUGGGCUGAAAAGAGAUCGUUCGCUAUCUGAACUGCUUGACGACUCCGCGGGCCAUACGACGCCAUCGACCGUAUUACAACCUAUCAAAAUUUACUCGCAAGACUCCGACGACGAUGACGUCAUAGUUGACGACAUAGCUAGCGACAUAAACGAUGACAUCAUUGAUAAUGAUAUCGAACUUGAGGGUUCUAGUAAAUUGAACAUUCCCCCUGCCCGACCUAGUCGACCUGGCCCCCCUCCAAAACCCAAGCGAAGCCCCCACAUUCCACAUGACGAAAUUCAAUCGGAAGGCAAACAUAUCCCUGGAAAAGCAAAACCCGAAAGGCCGAAGCCGUUUAGUAAAACUGCGAGUCCAACUGGUUCUCCUUCAAGCAAGCGCAAAAUUCCACCUAGCAGGCCAGGUAGACCAGUUAGCCUCCUUGUUGGAAAAUCUAAUCACCCGCCUACCGAAGAGGCUGGCCCUAUCGCACUGUCAAGGCGCCGAACUCCUGGAGAAAAGACUGCAAGCGCUGUGAAUAAACCUGCACCCCCUCAAAGGCCUUCUGCAGUUGAGAAAACCACUCUUAACUGCAAAUCAGAACCUUUACCUUCAGAAGGACAAGUUGAGAAGAGCACCUUUCACGAGUCGAGACCGGUUCCACCUGCAAGACCUGUUCAAAGCCUAGAGAAGCAAUCGAGUAAUGCUGUCACGGAAAAACCAACUACACCUCCACGAGGAACCAGUUUUAGCGUUGAGAAAAACGCUUUCGAUCAUGAAUCAAGGCCUGUUCUCCCUGCCAGACCUCGGAGCGAUGCGCAACAGCCUAUGGACGGUGUGGAAAAACCACCAGUAAUUAGGCCAUCUAAACCCCCACCGAGACCAGCGACUCUUAACGUAGAGAGAGCCGCGCUUGAUAAGCCCACGACUUUUGCAAGACCUACCGUUGCUGCUGAAAAACAUGCAGAAAAUGUAUCACCAGCGCGAUCAAUCACACCUCCUCAAAGACCAGUUACCACGCCCCAAAGGCCUUUCCCGCCCUCAGCUAGCAAGCAUGCAAUUUCUAAAGAGAAAGAGGUUUCUCCUCGUGUCCAAGGCGUGAAAGAAGGUGCCCAAAUUAAGGAAUCUGAAGGACUCUCAUUUCGAAAACGGUUGGAAAGCUUCAAACUUCCUUCUAGAAAACAACAACGUGAGGAGCCACCACCAGCUUCCAUCAGCAUAAGCGGGCCAUUUGAUGUGAAACACGUGACACAUGUGGAUUUCACUAAUGUCCAAUCUCUCCUCCUUGUUGGAGGUCACGAAGCCGAUCCUGAGAUGCAGCUGGAAAGAAAGUCGGACACCCAAAACGUAUCCUUGCGUCCAAAUGUGUUAGGACCACUUGAACAUGUUAAUAAGGACGAUUCUGGUAGCGCUAAACCAGUGCCAGUCCCUCGGAGAAGGUUGGUGAACGAUGGACCUAGCACUGGUGUAGACCAUAGAGAGGCUAACAUGGAUAAUAGAAGUUCUCUCGAACGGAUUCCCCCACAGCUACCUCCUCGACCUGAUAAUGAUCAUAUAGAACCCGAAACUGCUCCUCCGGAGGAAUUUCAUAAAGUCACCCAUAAGGCUCCUCCGGAAUUGCCCAAGAGACCUUGCCCAACAGGACAGAAUGGUGAUCUUACAUCAAGUAAGCCCCCCACUGUACCGGUAAGGACUGACUUGCACAGUGGAGAUGAUUUUCCCGUCCCACCUCCAAGGAAAGGACGAAAAAAAAUAAUUGACUAAUUAUAUAUUGAAUGAAAUCGAUCAUUUAUCUAGCACCACCUCAUUCUUGGAAUUUUAUGCAUCGUGUUUAGGUUCUAUUUGUAUUUUUUAUGGUGUAAAACUGCUGUUUCCUUGGCUUAAUGUGUCUUAAACGACACGUGCACAAUGACACAUGCACAAUGGACUCAAUAUGUCUGGAGCACUAAUUUUGAUAGCAUCUUUUUAACCCAAUUCAGGCCGUCAUUGCACGGCACGGGCCCAAACCCAACCCUUCUUCGUUCUGUGUUUUUCGUAUUAAUGUGCAUGACAAUUAAAGUAGAAUAAAGUUUCGAAAGUCUCAAUUUGCUUAGGGUUUCUUAAAAGAUUGCUUCCCAGCAUGCAAAUAAGCUUCAAGCAUUAUUUUGUGUUUUUUUAAAGUUAAAGUUUUGUUGGGCACGUUUUGUUUUGCACGUAAAGUUUUGUUGAGACCAUAAUGCUUCGAACGCCGUCUUAAAUGGACGUAUAAAACUGGCAACUGCUUGUCACAUAGAUUACUGCUUGUCACAUAGAUAUUUUAAACUUUCAAAUUUGUGCUCCUGGACAGAAAGCGUGUUGCAUUGAAAGUUUUUUCUCAAAAAACACAUUUUCACUCUUUCAAUCUUUUCUUCUCUUUUUAAAAGUGUUUUUAUUUUGCGCGGUUUUUUCUUUUAUCAGCCACUACUGAUCCAGAUCUUAAAUCCAGCCAUUCAUUUGAUGGUUUCAACCAUAUUUAAAAGAAGAUAUAGACAUAAUACAUUUAUACAAGUAUGGUUUAAGUGAAGUAGAAUUUUUCAGUCAAUUCAUUAAUUUAAAUGAAGUAGAAUUUCACUUCUGUAAUCUGAGCAAAUGCAAUUUUCGUACACAAAUAUUUAUUUCAUAAAGAGCUUUGCCUUCCCCCGAUCUGAAUUUUGUAAUUGGGUAAUAGUACGGCCUUGUGAAGGGUAGGGGAGUUCUGAAUAAUCGAUGAAGCAGGUUACGUCGAGGUCUGUCCGUUCGGAUGCAGUGAAGGGCACUGAGUUUGGAGAGAACGCUGGUAAACUGGCUGUGCGGAACAGUUUUCAUCAUAAGUAUUAAAAAAUGCGUAUUUAAUUCAUUUUUGUAGACCAGAAUAUUCUUAGAAAAUAACGCAACAAAGACAUGUACUAUUAUUACCACUUUUA